AUGUCUCGACGAGCUGUAGGGAGCGCCAUAGGUCAAGCGUGCUCUUGCCGUCGAACUUUUGCUCUUCCCACUCGCCAAAUCUUGAGAGCAAGUGCCAAGCAAGGCUCUGCGUACUGUUCGAACAGCACCUUCAUCUUCUCUAGCACAUCUCCUCGAAGCUACACCAGUUCCAAUGCCGCGAACCGCACGCAUGCAAAGGCGUCUCGUAGCGCGAAAGAUGAUCGGCUGCUUCGGAAACCAUUUGGCACUUCUGCGAUUAUGAGGCACGGAGGUAUAGAGAGGCCGGAACCUGGCACAGGCAUCAAGGUCACCUUUAGGGAUUCAAAAGGCACAGACAUCCGUACGGUCGAAGUCAAUGAAGGGGACGACCUCUUAGCGGUGGCUCACGAGUACGACAUCGAUCUCGAAGGUGAGUUGCAACCCCGUCGGAGGAUUGUCGAGAGCAUUGAAUUACUGACGUUGUGGCCCACGCACUAUCGACAUACAGGAGCGUGCGAAGGAUCAAUAGCUUGCUCUACCUGUCACGUUAUUCUGGAACCAGACAUGUACGACAAGUUGGAAGAGCCUGGAGACGAUGAGAACGACAUGUUGGACUUGGCGUUUGGGUUGACAGAUACGUGAGUGCGCAUACGUUCACCGGCCGCGCAUUGCAAACCUCGCACUCUCACACGCUGCGCACAUCUAUGCAGAUCGAGACUUGGAUGUCAAGUCAAGGUGACGAAGGAGCUGGAUGGCAUGGUUGCUCAAUUACCUUCGGCGACACGAAAUAUGAGGGUGGAUGUGAGUCCGUGCACAGAUGCUUAUCACACGUCAUCCAUGUAACCGAACGCUUCAAUGACGCUGAUUUCCUCGUCUGUUCUCCGAUCCGCAGGGCUCAAAACCUACCCAUCACUAG